AUGCUGCCUUCAAGCCGCUUUGUAGCAGGAAAUUCUUUCUACAACUACGAUAUAUACGGUGGCUUACGUUCAGGCGGUCUGGUGCGCUUCUUUUCCUCCGAGUUCGUGGGUCUUGUGGCUGCUACGUUUACAUCGUCAUUUGUAUACAUUGGCGUUCGCUACGGUUUGUUGCCCAUGAUAAGCAGCAAAUUGCAGCUGAGUGAGAGCCAGACGGAGGCAAUGGAUCGACUCGUAGAGGUGCCUGCUGCAAUGGCAUUUUUCGUAGGACUUUACGCUGACGCGGUGCCGCUUUGGGGCUCGAGACGCAAAUCCUACAUGUUUUUAGGCAUGACAUUCAGUCUGUUGUGUUUAACACUCAUUGGACUCGGCUGCCUCUUCACUGAGGUUCUCGAAGAAGCAUUGGGUGGCAGCUUUAGCUUCAUAAUGAUGUUACUUAUGGGCGGUGUGAGCUUCGGCUCCAUGAUCAAUUUUAGUUCUGUACACACUGCAGUUGUAACCUUAUCACAACGGGAGAGCCUCGAAAGACGAGGCGUGUUCCAGGCCGAGUAUUUGAUUGCGCGAGUGGCGGGACAAAUUUCGGCUAGACUAUUGGGGUAUGUGAUUCAGACUGUCGUAGAGAAGCUCCAAAUCGCGCUCAUAUUGUCAGCUUUGAUGUCGCUGUCUGUUAUUACAAUCAUCGUUGUAUUCGCAAAACUUGAUGAACCACUGGCGUACCAAAAAGAAAGUUUGAGAUGCAAAUGUGAAAGUUACUGGAAACUUACGACGCAAAAAGCCGUAUGGAAAAUUCUGGUAGUGAUUGCGAGUUUUGCUUUUUGCCUUAAUUUUGCCUUUCCAAUGGCGUCAAAUGCACUCAGACAAUGGACAGACUCAGCGGAUAGCACAUCAGUGUUGUUAAGUCACAGCUUGAACGAUUUUGUCACGAUACUUGCAGUUUUGUUGUGGAGAUGGAGAUUCCGCAACAUGCUGUGGCGAAAGUUCUUUGCUGUGGCACCUACAAUGGUAGUUGUACCUCAAUUAUUUAUUGCUGCUUUCGUGAUUCCAUCCUUGUAUCGCCAUUCAGCCAUUUACAUUAUUUUAACGGGUUUAAAUGGAAUAUCGUCGGGUGUCAUGGCUCUUGCAGUACUUGUCCCCGUUACUGAAAUCAUUGAAGAAGGCUCGGAAGGAGGCGUCGUUGGUCUCGCACUCUCCUUUAACACCAUUUUCAAAAUCUUUGUAAGCACUUUGCUUACAUCCAUCGAGCGCACAUCGUACUUUCCGUCUAGUGACGAAGAGGACACGACACAGCGUCGCUGGACCAUUGCCGUCCUUGUAGCUGUUUCGUGUAUAGUCAACUGCUUUGCCUUUGGUGCCAUUCCAAUGUUGCCGAUACAAAAGUUGGACGCACAGCUGGUCCGCAUGUACGGAGGAUUUACAGAGUAUGCUAGUGCUUAUAUCGCUGCCGCAUUCCUUACGUCGCUCGCAUACUGCGUCGCGUAUAACAUAACCAUCUUCAGUGACGCCGUAAACUGA